UGACUAGCUUCAAGAUAAAGCAGAUAGCGGAUCCGGAGCCUCGGCAUGCCAUCCGUUCGGCCCGGCAUUCCCUCGCCUUCUCAACCUUCAAAUCGACACCCCGCUUCUCUCGCGCGGCUUCUUCCCCCCAUUCCUCGCUUCUCUCCCCAAAACCAAACAACCGUAAUCCCAACCCCGGCGAUCGCCGGCCGCCGUCGUAGCCGCCUCAUUUAUCGGCCCUGUAUCCCUGUCCCAACCCUAAUCCUACCCUUCCACCGGCGGCCGCCUUCUAGACAGUCGACACCAGCCCCGCUCCUCCAUCUUCUCCUUGGAGAUUUCUCUCGUUUCACGUCUCGUUCUAGACGACGAAUCCUCUGCAUUCCCUACGGCGCCGCUCCUCCAUCCACCAUCGGUCCCUCCGCUGCAUCUUCUGCCGAUCGCUUUCUUCUAAAGAGUUGGAAGCUGGUCAGGCAAAUAGUUGAUUAUGGAGAAUGGGGAAAUUGAGAGUGUAGAUGAGGAAAUGCCUUCACAAAAUGGACGACAAUAUAGGCCAGUGGUCUCCGAUGAACGGGCUGUUAUCCAGAUGUCUUCCAUGGGGUCUAGCUCUUAUACAGACAUACCAGUAAAGAAAAUAAACAUGCCAUGUCAGGUGGAAACUGCUGCUAGUGUAAGAGAUGGUCCUCAUGAAGGAUCGAGGCAUUCUCAAAAUGACUCAAAGUUGGAACUAUUUGGUUUUGAUUCUCUUGUCAAUAUAUUGGGACUCAAGAGUAUGACAGGGGAACAGAUUCCAACACCAUCCAGUCCUAGAGAUAGUGAGGAUGUAUCCAUUACAGUUGGACGCCCAAAGGGAACUGGUCCUAAAUUGGGAACCAUGAUGGGCGUAUUUGUGCCUUGCUUCCAGAAUAUCCUAGGAAUUAUCUACUAUAUUCGUUUUUCAUGGAUUGUGGGUAUGGCCGGCAUUGGAGAAGGACUUGUGUUGGUUGCAUUUUGUGGCUCUUGCACAUUUUUAACUGGAAUAUCACUAAGUGCAAUUGCAACAAAUGGGGCGAUGAAGGGUGGUGGACCAUACUAUCUUAUCGGUCGAGCUCUUGGUCCAGAAGUUGGAGUUAGUAUUGGUUUGUGCUUUUUCCUUGGCACUGCAGUUGCUGGAGCUAUGUAUGUCCUUGGAGCGGUGGAAACCUUCUUAGAUGCUUUGCCAAGUGCUGGGUUUUUUAGAGAGAGCGUAGUAGUCAUCACUAAUAGCACAGCAAGUAAUGGAACUAAACCAGAUCUUGUUGCAACAACUGUUUCAACUCCAAGCUUGCAUGACUUGCAAAUCUAUGGAAUUGUUGUUACCAUCCUACUCUGUUUUAUUGUAUUUGGUGGUGUGAAGAUGAUCAAUAGGGUUGCACCUGCUUUCUUAAUGCCUGUCCUAUUUUCUCUACUCUGCAUAUUCAUUGGGGUUUUUUCAGCUUCCAGAAUUGAUGCUUCAAGUGGAAUAACGGGAUUGAAAUUGCAAACAUUGAAAGAAAAUUGGAGUUCUGAUUAUCAACGUACUACCAAUGCUGGGAUACCUGAUCCAGAAGGACCUGUUUAUUGGAAUUUUAAUGCAUUGGUGGGUCUCUUUUUUCCAGCUGUGACAGGAAUCAUGGCUGGAUCCAAUCGGUCUGCAUCACUGAAAGACACACAGCGCUCUAUACCAAUUGGAACACUAGCUGCAACUCUUACCACCUCAUCUUUAUAUUUGAUAUCAGUGUUACUCUUUGGAGCAUUGGCAACUAGAGAAGAGCUUUUGACAAACAGGCUUCUGACUGCUGAAGUGGCUUGGCCUUUUCCAUUAAUCAUUUAUGUUGGGAUCAUUCUCUCUACUUUAGGUGCAGCACUUCAGAGUUUGACAGGGGCCCCCCGCUUGCUCGCUGCUAUAGCGAAUGAUGACAUUCUUCCUGUUCUUAAUUAUUUUAAGGUCACAGAAGGGGGUGAACCUCAUCUUGCAACUCUUUUUACAGCCUUCAUUUGUGUUGGGUGUGUUGUGAUUGGGAAUUUGGACCUAAUCACACCUACUAUAACAAUGUUUUUCCUUUUAUGCUAUGCGGGGGUGAAUUUAUCUUGUUUUCUUCUGGAUCUUCUUGAUGCUCCUAGCUGGCGUCCUCGAUGGAAAUUUCACCAUUGGAGCCUUUCACUUCUUGGAGCAUCACUUUGUAUUGUGAUUAUGUUCCUCAUCUCGUGGACAUUCACUGUGGUGUCUCUGGCCCUUGCUAGCCUUAUAUAUUACUAUGUGAGUUUAAAAGGGAAGGCAGGAGAUUGGGGUGACGGGUUCAAGAGCGCAUAUUUUCAAUUGGCCCUGAGAAGCCUUCGAUCAUUAGGAGCAAACCAAGUACAUCCCAAAAACUGGUACCCUAUCCCUCUCAUUUUCUGCCGGCCAUGGGGGAAGCUUCCAGAGAACGUUCCUUGUCAUCCCAAGCUUGCUGACUUUGCUAACUGCAUGAAGAAGAAAGGCCGUGGCAUGUCAAUCUUUGUCUCAAUCAUUGAUGGAGACUAUCAUGAAUUGGCUGAGGAUGCCAAGACAGCUUGCCGUCAGCUAAGCACUUACAUAGAUUACAAGCGCUGUGAAGGUGUAGCUGAGAUCAUAGUUGCUCCCAACAUGUCUGAUGGUUUUCGUGGUAUCGUCCAGACUAUGGGACUGGGCAAUCUAAAACCGAACAUAAUUGUCAUGCGGUACCCAGAAAUCUGGCGUCGUGAAAACCUCACUCAAAUUCCUUCUACAUUUGUCAGCAUCAUCAACGACUGUAUCAUCGCUAACAAGGCAGUUGUGAUUGUCAAGGGCCUUGAUGAAUGGCCUGGUGAGUAUCAGAGACAGUUUGGGACAAUUGACCUCUAUUGGAUUGUGAGGGAUGGGGGCCUAAUGCUCCUGUUAUCCCAGCUCCUGCUCACAAAGGCGAGCUUUGAAAGCUGUAAGAUCCAAGUCUUCUGUAUUGCUGAAGAGGACACAGAGGCUGAGGAGCUGAAGGCCGAUGUGAAAAAGUUUCUGUAUGAUCUCCGAAUGCAGGCUGAGGUAAUUGUUGUGACAAUGAGAUCAUGGGAGGCACACAUGGAGAAUGGGCCCCAACAGGAGGAUUCAGUCGAAGCAUUCACAAGUGCACAACGGCGGAUCGCUGCAUAUCUUGCAGAAAUGAAGGAGACAGCUCAGAAAGAAGGGAAGCCGCUGAUGGCAGAUGGAAAACCAGUUGUGGUUAACGAGCAGCAGGUUGAUAAGUUCCUUUACACAACCCUGAAGUUAAAUUCAACCAUACUCAAAUACUCACGGAUGGCAGCGGUUGUUCUUGUUAGCCUCCCCCCUCCACCCUUGAACCACCCAGCAUAUUUCUAUAUGGAGUACAUGGAUCUACUGGUUGAGAAUGUGCCAAGGAUGUUGAUAGUCAGGGGAUACAGGAGAGACGUUGUUACCCUUUUCACGUAAUUGAAGAAAUCUUCGUUCCAGCUGAAUGUUGUAAUUCAUUUUUUUGUUUACUUCUAUAUUUUUCGCUUCUUUAUUUCUUUUUUGCCCCCAUACAUGUUAAAUUCAUUCUUUAUGUUCUCCUUCGUUGGGAAUUUUUUUCCUAUAAAUCUCUUGAAAAUAGAUGAUUUAGAAGAGCAAUGGAAAAAAGGAAGUUCACUGAA